AUGUCGUUCGAUAAGCAGUUUGAAUCUGCCACCAAACCUGGUCCAACUCGAAAGAUCGCUGGGGCGGUCACGAUAGCAGCUGAUGCUUCCGGUGCUAUAAUCUACCAUAGUGCUAAGGGUUUUACGUCUGUCGACCCGGAGACUGCCAGAGCGAUGACUGAAGAUACCACGUUUUGGAUUGCGUCAUGCACAAAGCUUCUGACCACCAUUUCGGCCAUGCAGUGCGUCGAGCAGGGAAAACUAAGUCUCGAUGAUGAUGUCUCCUUAUUCUUCGAUGAGUGGAAAUCACCAGACAUCUUAACGGGAUGGAGGCAAGACACAGGGGAACCACACUUCAAAAAGGCAACGAAGAAAAUUACGUUGCGCCAGUUGCUGACACAUUCUAGUGGCAUGGGGUAUGACUUCCUGUCGCCAGACCUCAUGAAGUGGCGACAAUGGCGCGGCGAAUUAACCCGCCCGGGGAACGGCGAGAUUCGGAAAGCAUACCACAUGCCUCUCUUGUUCGAGCCAGGCGAGGGCUGGAGCUAUAGCUGCGGCAUCGACUGGGCUGGCAAAAUGGUCGAGCGAGUGAAUGAAAAUAUGACGCUCGGGCAGUAUAUGAAAAAGAAUAUUUGGGAUCCUUUGGGAAUGGCAUCCACAAGCUUCCGCCUUGGGCAGAACGAGAGGGUGCGCAGUCGACUGUGUGCCACAACCACCAGGACACCAGAAGGAGACCUUGUACCGGCUGACCCAUACCCCAAUCCCAAUCCAAAAGACGACCUCGGCGGCGGGGGUUUGUACUCGUCUGCCGAAGACUAUAUCAAAGUGCUUAUAUCGUUGCUCAAAAAUGACGGCACUCUCCUCAAACCGGAGACCGUAAAUAUGAUGUUCACGCCACAGCUUUCUGAUGAAGCUAGCUUGGUUGCAACAGUGACCGAACCAGGGGCAGGGCCCAUGUUUCGCGGAGGAGUUGACAGUCCUGCGUGGAAUUUUGGCCUAGGCGGCAUUCUGAACAUGAAAGACGUGGACGGUAUUUGCAAGAAGGGAACAAUGUCAUGGGGCGGCCUUCCAAACCUUUUCUGGUGGAUCGAUCCCACUGCCGGCAAUUGCGGCAUGUAUGCCUCCCAGAUUAUCCCUCCAGGUGAUCUGGAGUCAAUGAAUCUCUCGGUCGCGUUUCGCAGAGAGAUCUUUGCUCGCUGUAGUGUCUGA